UCCGCUGCGCCGCAUAUUAACUUUUUCUAAAUGUGCGAAACUUGCGUUAUACCUGCGGUGAGUUUGGAUAGUUAAUGAUGGGUGGGGGGGGGUUUGGCUUGGGGGCUUUAUAACCAGGUGCGCAUCACUAACGGCGACAAGUGGUUAAAGCGGUGCCUCGUACAGUCCUUCGGUCCCGGUUUGGUCUGGUUCCCCCCCUUCGCUGCGUUUGUCCUGGGAUGACCUGUUGAUGGGCACGGCGGGGGAGCGCCUCCCCCAUCCCCCAUCAUUAGGAUUAAAAUACACCGCCGCUCAGAAGCACAUUACGGGCGGGUUCGGGCGCAUUGAGUCGCCGGGCACCGAGAGCCGGGAUCGGGAGAGUCGCAGCCUGUGAACCCCGCUUGGGGAUGCGCCGGGAUCGGAGACGCGUCCCGUUUCUGUAGGCCCGACAUCGCGGUGCAUUGGCACAGGGCGGGCGAUACCGGCCGAUGCGCACUUUGCAACAAAUAAAUACAACACUUCCGUCGUCCCCCCCCACACGAUUACGGGCGUCGUCUGCGAUCGUAAAGCGGAGACAGGUCGCCGUGAAGCCCGUGAGAUUUGUAGGGCUUUCCUCCUCCGCCUGCCGUGGCCCCCCGGCCGUGCCAGUGGAGCGCUCCUACCGGGCAGACACAGCCUGGCAUACGACGGGCACGGCCAGCCUGCCGCCGAUUGCCGCCAUCCCGCCGCCAUCCCGAGCCGGCGCCGAUCGCCACUUACACAUUAGUGACGUUUAUUAUAUCCAAGACCCCGUGGUGCUGGCUGUAGCACCAUGGCUCAGACGCUGCAGAUGGCCAUCCCCAACUUUGGCAACAACGUCUUGGAGUGCCUGAAUGAGCAGCGGCUGCAGGGGCUGUACUGUGACGUGUCCGUGGUGGUGAAGGGCCACGCCUUCAAGGCCCACCGAGCCGUGCUGGCCGCCAGCAGCUCCUACUUCCGGGACCUCUUCAACACGGGCAGCAAGAGCUCAAUUGUGGAGCUGCCGUCAGCCGUGCAGCCACAGAGCUUCCAGCAGAUCCUGUCCUUCUGCUACACGGGCCGGCUCAGCAUGAACGUGGGCGACCAGUUUCUGCUCAUGUACACAGCCGGCUUUCUGCAGAUCCAGCAGAUCAUGGAGAAGGGCACCGAGUUCUUCCUUAAGGUCAGCUCCCCCAGCUGUGACUCGCAGGGCCUGCAGGCUGAGGAAACCCCGCCCUCUGAGCCCCAGAGUCCCGUCACGCAGCCGUCCGCGGGGGCGGGCCCUGGCGUGGUGGCUGCCAGUUCCGCCGGCCGACCCGCCUCCUGCCUCACACCGCUUCCGCUGGUGUCCCGUGUCAAGAUGGAACAGCAAGAGGCCUCCUCCUACUCUGUGGUCUGUACCCCUGUGGCCAAGCGUCUCUGGGAGGGCAGCAGCCGGGAGGCUGGUGGAGGAGGCUCGGGUGGGAGUGGCGGCGGCGGCGGUGGUGGGAUGAGGAAGGUCGCCCGCUUCUCUCAGGAGGCGGUACGAGGUGGGGGGGCGCAGGCUGGAGCCAUGGCUGCAGGCGGACCAGGAAGUCAUGGUACCGCCGCCAAUGGCAGCAGCAGCGGCAGUAGCAGCAGCAACAACAACGUCACCUCUGAGGGUACCAGCCCCGGCACUCUGAGUGCGUACACCAGCGACUCCCCGAACUCCUACCACGAUGAAGAGGAGGAUGAAGAGGUCUUGGAGGAUGGGACUGAGGAGCAGUAUCGUCAGAUCUGCAACAUGUACACCAUGUACAGCAUGCUUAACGUUGGGGCCACAGCUGGGGAGCGUGUGGACGCCCUCCCCGACCACAUGACUUCUGACACCAGGAACCGGAUGCGUGUGAGGCAGGACCUGGCCUCUCUGCCUGCUGAGCUCAUCAGUCAGAUUGGAAACCGCUGCCACCCCAAGCUGUACGAGGAGGGCGACCCUGCGGAGAAGCUGGAGCUGGUCUCAGGCACCAGUGUUUUCAUCACCCGAGCUCAGCUCAUGAACUGUCACGUCAGUGCGGGGACCCGGCACAAAGUGCUCCUCAGAAGGCUGCUGGCCUCCUUCUUCGACCGGAACACUCUGGCAAACAGCUGCGGUACAGGAAUCCGCUCCUCCACCAACGACCCCAGCCGCAAGCCGCUGGACAGCAGGGUGCUGCAUGCCGUGAAAUUCUACUGCCAGAACUUUGCCACCAGCUUCAAAGAGAGCGAGAUGAACGCCAUCGCGGCUGACAUGUGCACCAACGCCCGGCGCGUGGUCCGAAAGAGCUGGAUCCCCAAGCUGAAGUUGCUGAUGGCCGAGGGCGAUGCUUAUUCCGGCUUCCUGUCCGACACCGGCAAGAUGGAGGCCGACCCACUGGGCACCGAUCACGCUUUCGAGGCGUCUGGGCUGGAAGCGGGGGCCUCGGGUGAGGUGGGGGCCCCCGGCGACUCCCUGCCUGGGGUGGGCGCGGAUGCCGGCUCUCUCUUUUAGUUAGUGAUGCCCCCGCCCGUGCCCCACUCUUACUGACACCCACCUGCCCCUCAAACCGAGCUGCUCGCGUGAGGCUCCAUUCAGCUUAAGGAAAAGGUGCACUUGGGGGGGGAAGGAGUGUGUGUGUGUUUUUUUUAAUUUUGUUUUCCCUUAGCCCAUUUGGAACAAGAUAUUAACUCACCCCCCCCCCUCCACCCCCCACAGCACAUGCUGCUUAAAAGUGCCCAUGGCACAUGUCCCGCCUCUUCUCCAUAUCAGCCAAUCACAUUCCUUCGGCCAGGGACAUGGGCGGGGAGGGUCGAGGCGAGGAACUGAAAAUCUAAUAACACUGUCUCGAGUUUGAAUGUAGUCCAAUGGCCUUGGAUUGUUUCAUCGAAAAAAAUAGAGAACACAAUCUACACUACUAGAGGCCCCCGAGGGCCCCUGGGCGUCCCAGUAGUGUGUGGAGGGUGGGUUAAUUUGUACCUGUAACUUAAAGGCCCCCUUUCCCUGCUCCCUCUGCCCCUGAACUUACUCUCAUGUUCUGACCAGAUAAUUGUCCUGUCAUCUUUUUUUCUUUACGCUUCUGCUUAUUUUUGUUUAUUUAACAUGCCAAGAAUCCAGAGAGAGAGAAACGAUCGAAGGGGUAAAUCUGUCAUUUUUAAGAGAUGUUAAUCUCCCAUGUGUAUGGUGAGCUAGAAAGGGAUUGUUUUAAAAUCUCGUUUUUUUUUUUUUUUUUUUUUUAACAAAAAAUAUUUCCUCAGACUGAAAUGUUGAUUGAAAUGCUUUUCCUGAUAAAGGUUUUAAGGAGAUUUCUACAUGCGAGUAUUUUUGCAGUGGCAGGUAGUGGGACUCUGUUCCGUCUGUCUGUCCGUGAAUUCGGGUGGGGGGAGUGGGACUCUUUGGUACGCUAUUGGUACGAGGAGAAGGUAUGACUGGGUUUCUGUCCUUAUCAAGUGCCCUUCGUUUUUGUGCUCCGUGUGGUUGAAGGCCCCCCUGGCCUGAGGGAUGUGUGAAAAGACAGUACCCCCCCCGAGUCCUGGCCCUGGGUAACCAAGGUGACCGUGCUGGGCAUCUUGGUGGUGUCUGCUAGACGGGCUCGGGGCUGGAGACAUGCUGAGGACUGAGUGUCCAGCUCAUUCUUUACUAGACUCUGGAUGUGGCCAGCAUGGCUGUAGGGGGCGUCUGUCUGUCUGCAUGCAGUAGAGAGUCCUGGACUCAGCCUGCUGGUUUGUUUGCAGCUUUUGUAAACUAAACAUCUGAGUCAAGCCGUUCUUUCUGCUUUUUAUUGUGUGUGUGUGUGUGUGCGCGCGCGCGCCUGCUUGCAUUGCAGGAGACGUGCACGGCAGGCGAGAUCCUGUAAUGGCUGGCCAAGGCUGACCGUUCUAAAUGCACCUUCUUAGACAAAGUGGUCCGAAUUUCACGCCGGUCGCUGUUGCUCGUGCGUCCGUGAGGCACGACCUGGCCGGUGUUCUUGUGAUGUUCAGUGAAGGGAUCUUUCUAGACCGUGACGAUGCCGCGUCCUUCCGCUGGUCAAAGCUGCGUUUGCUCCCCGGAUUGGGUCUUUGGCCGACUCUGCUACUGACUUGCUGGGGGUAUGAGGAGGCUGCCUCGCUGCAGCUGCUUACCCUGCGGGCUAUGAGGCAGCACUCCAGCUGUUAGGAGAAUCUGUGUAGAACUUUUUUUUAUUUUAAUUUUUUUUAGCGGAUAUACUGUAGAAUUAGCUUGUUACAAAUACUACUAAUUCAAGAUCGAGCAGUUGCCAAUUUGUGUAAAAACAAAAUAAGGACAAAAACCUUUUUGAUGAUCUUUGUUGACUGAAGUGCUUGGUAGGGAUGUAACACGAGAUGCUGCAGGUUCUCCUGCACUGUAGGGAAUAAAUUGGUGAGAUUUCCAAAGCAGUUCUCAUUUUUCUUACCUUGGGUCUGAUUCGAAAGCAGCCUUACUUACUUAAUGACUGUUGGGUACAGCUGACGUUCGUCACACUGGGAAUGUAUCAUCAUGUACAUGAUGGGGUGUCUUGUGUAAACGGAUUAGGUUAGAAAUUCGUAGCUCCUCUCUGAUGGCUUGAGAUGCUGGUGUAGUGCCAACCCUGACCACCAGGAGGAAGCAAAUUCCUUACAUAGCAACAAUUACAUUUUCAUUCCACCAGGGGGAUGGACUCUGCCCUGAAGGAACUGUUCGGGGUGGGGGAGUGGGAGAGAAACAGCGGAAAAGAUUUGGGAAUAAGCUGUUAAAAUCCAAAAAAGCAUUUAAAAGAUGAUGGAAGAACUUAAGAUUGUAUGGGGGGGGGGGAUGUAGCCGCCAAGUUAUGAGGGACGAUUCUCGCUGUCAGUUUCCACCCUCCAGAAUGAUAGAGAAAAAAUAUAACCAAGCACCUUUGGGUGGCGCUCUUGGCCCUGUGGCUGGAUAUGGGCCCCACAGCACCUUCUGUUUGCUUUCUUCUGCCUGUGAGGGUGGCGCUGAGGGGAGUUUGUCCAGGGAUUGAUGUCUGUCUUUUGUGUUUGUUAUUCACAUUUUUAAACUCCCCGCCCCCCCCCCCCCCCAUUGUUAAACCCCUCCCCAGGCAGGCUCUGGGAGGAGGAAUCGAUGAGGCAUGUGAUUUUUGUUCCCGCAGGGGUGAUGGAUUGUGGGGAGACGGGGGGGGUUCUGUGACUAGGUUUAUCCGGACCAGUGAUGGAGAGAUGGCGCCAACAGAUUGUGUGUUUGUGUGGCUGGUUCACACCGUGCCAGUUGUGACAUGCUUCCGGGCCUCUUCCCUGAUUCCCCCGGGCCUGGCCCUUUCCCAGCACCCCUGUGCUCAGUACCACGGCCGGUCAGUCCUGUUAUGUUCUCUCUGCUGGACUCUCUGCCUUUGUUUUUCCUGACUGCAGUCUCUGUUAGACUUUGUACUCAGAAGUCAUAAUUACCGUUUUCGCUCUUGACGGCUCUGCACUCCAGAGACGGGCGGCGGAUGCACCUCCCGUCCUUACGGGCUCCCAGGUGAGCGUGUGGCGGCCUCUGGCCGAGAACCGGCAGGAAAUGCUUUGAGGCUAAGCUGCCGGGCCGAGCCGAGCCAUCCUCUUGGCCGCUUUUGUAAGAGGCACAUUCAGCUGGUUCGAAAAUGGAGGCCAUCUUUGUUGAGGUAGAGUUAGACAAGGAGAGGGAGAGGACGGCAUCUCUGGUGUGUUUACGGUUAGCAGAUCUUUUUCACUAUAUAUAUAUAUAAAUAAUAUAUAUGUAUAUAUAUAUACUGUAUAUUAUACAUAGAAUCACUAAUGAAGUUUGAUUGUUAGUUGUGCACUCACAGCAUGAGGUAUUAACCCAGAAAUGCUUAUCAGACCAAUGCCGUAGCAUCUGCUGAUGCCUAAGCCCCUCUGUGACCCUGUCCAGACCCCUCCGUGACCCCUGACCCCGUAAAGCCAGUGUUUAUUCUGUGUUCCAAGUGCCAAUAACUUUGUGAAUUCUUAACUGUGACCCAAUAAUUAAGAUAAUUGCACAUUAACUACUGUAAAGAGAGGGAAAAAAAUCAAAGAAAAAAAAAAUCUGUAUCUUAAUAAAAGGUUUGUAACAAA